AUGGCAAGUGACCCCGAGAGAGGCAUUGCAGAUGGUCUCGCUCCUUCACACACCUAUGUCCCAAACCAGGGUUAUGUGAGUACUGAUAUAGCACCGCCCCGGAGAAGAAUAGCCCUGGGGCAAUUCAUUCAAGAAGACGACGAGGAUGACGGGGAAGGCGACGACGACGACGACGCAGGCGAAGAGGAAAACAGUGAUGACCAAGAAGACCUCUACGCCGAAGAAGCGGACCGUGACCGGGUCCUGGACCCUGAGGACCUUGCCGCCUCGAACCCCGCCGACCUGACCAAAUCUUAUAACAGACGCAGACGCCUCGACGAAGCGACUUCAGACCCCAGCGUCCCCUCCUGGCAGUACCCCAAAGCAAAUCCCCAGCACAAGUCUUCUCAGGAAUCCGCCGCCGCCAAUUUACACCGCGAAAUGGGGGAACUCAAGUUUUCCGGCUGGGGCGAGGGCGAGGACGGCCGGCGCACCAAGGACAAAAGCGAGCGGGCGACGGCCGAGCAGGUGCUGGACCCCAAAACUCGUCUGAUCCUCUUCUCGAUGAUCCAGAAGGGCAUCGUCUCCGAGAUCCACGGGACCAUCUCCACGGGCAAGGAGGCCAACGUCUACCACGCCGUCGCCGCGUCCGAGGACGAGUCCCAGGAAGACAUGCACGUGGCGAUCAAAGUGUACAAGACCGCCAUCCUGGUCUUCAAAGACCGCGAAAAGUACGUGACGGGCGAAUUCCGGUUCCGCAAGGGCUACAAGACGAAAGACAACCGCUCGAUGGUGAAGAUGUGGGCGGAGAAGGAAAUGCGCAACCUCAAGAGGAUCCACGCCGCGGGGAUCCCGUGCCCGGAACCGCUCUACCUGCGCCGACACGUCCUGGGCAUGAGUUUCAUCGGCAAUGGCAAGAAGGGCAAGGCGGCCCCGCGGCUGAAGGACCUGGAGUUUGAGGACGACGACGACAGUGCGCGGUGGCGGGCCGUCUACAUCGACGUGGUGGCGUACAUGCGCGUCAUGCUGCAAGUCUGCAAGCUCGUCCACGCCGACCUGAGCGAGUACAACAUACUCUACUACGAGAACAAGCCCUACAUCAUCGACGUAAGCCAGAGCGUCGAGGGCGACCACCCGCGUAGUCUGGACUUUUUGCGCAUGGACAUCAAGAACGUGAGCGACUUCUUCCGCCGGAAGGGCGUCAACGUGCUGGCGGAGCGGAAGGUGUACGAGUUCGUCACGAAGGCCGCGACGGGUGGGCAAGGUUUCGAGAUGGAUGAGUUACGCCAAGAGCUCGACCGAGUCAUGGCGGAGCGGAGGGAUGACGACAAGGACGAGGACGAGGUCGACAACCAGGUCUUCCGCCAGCAGUACAUCCCGCAGACGCUGGAUGAGGUGUACGACGCAGAGAAAGAUGCCGAGACGCUGCAGACACAGGGGCGAGACGCACUGGUAUACAAGGACCUGCUGGCGCCGCUGCGGGGCGAAGAUGCCGCCGCCGCCGCCGCAGCAGCAGCAGCGGCGGUGGAGUCGACCCCGGUCCCGGCGACGCUUCAUGACGACGGGAUCGAACGACAGAAUCACGAUCUCGACGAAGAAGGCGGCGGCGGCGCUCCUCUCCGCUCAGACGACGACGAAGAGGACUCUGACGCUUCGGACGCUGGCUCUGCGUCCGGCACCUCCUCCUCGGCCUCCGCGCCCGGCCGUCCGCGCGGCAAGCGGUUCCAGGACAAGGAGGCCAAGCGCCAGCACAAGCUGAAGGUCAAGGAGGAGAAGCGCGAGAAGCGGAGCACGAAGAUGCCCAAGGCCACCAAGAAGAAGUUGGUCAAGGAGUCGGCGAGGCGGGGGAAGCGGUGA